CCUGGACGUAGAUAUCGUCGAGCUACUGAUCAGUACGCAACCGUUUCAUAACUUGUAUUUUCAACAAUUAAGGAACUGCAAAAUGAGCCACCUGUUGGAUUACAACGAAGUUUCUAAAUCAUAUGAUUCAGGAAGAACGGCAUCAGACGCCCACCUUCUCAAAAGUAUGAUGGAAAACUUUACAGGAAAAAAUGUUCAGGAUAUGGACAUAAUUGAUAUUGCGUGUGGAACGGGUAACUACGCAGAUUAUUUCAAGCAAUUCAAACCACAAAGCCUCACUUUGAUAGACGCUAGCGAAGGUAUGCUUGACGAGGCCAAAGCAAAACUGAUGUCACCAUUAAAAAAGCCACGACUGUCCUUCAAAAAGGCAAUUCUGCCAGAAAUACCUUAUGAAGACAAUUCGUUUGAUGUUGGCAUGAUUAAUAUGGUCUUGCAUCAUUUAGAAGACCAUCCUGAUGGAAAAUCGUUUCCAACGGUAAUUAAAACAUUGAAGGAAGUUUAUCGCGUCCUUAAACCUGGAGGAGUGUUAACCAUCCUUACGGAGACGCCGGAGAAUUUAGACGGAAAUUGGUUUGCUAAUCUUUACCCACAAAUUACAAAGAGGUACCAGGAAAAAUUACCCACUCAUAAACAACUUAAAGAAAUGCUUGCAGAGUCCGGAUUCUCUUUGAAAUCGGCCUUGAAAACACUAUGGCCAUCAUAUCUUCCUGAUUACGAACACUUAGAAGGACCACUGGAAGAAUCUUGGAGAAACGUAAAUUCCUAUUGGACAGUUUAUACAGAGGCAGAAAUCCAGGAAAUGAUAAAGAAUGUCACUCAAAUGAAAAAUAAUGGCAGUCUUCAAGGAUUUUAUAAAAUGCAUGAUAAUAUUCAUACUCUUGGAACCUAUGAAAUUUUCGCAGCUAAAAAAGAAUUGAAAUAAUAAUUACUAUGGGGAGUGAUACGAUAUCGAAAGACUUUCUAUAUUUCACUUAGUUAAAUGUCUACGUUAUAGAUAACUAUAUAUAUAUAUAUAUUUUUUUUUUAUAUAUAUAUAUAUAUAUAUACAUUGUAUAUAUAUAUAUAUAUAUAUAUAUAUAUAUAUAAGUUCACUUGUUUUGUUUUAAUGCAUGUUUAAGUUAUUUUAAUUGCUGUAAUUAACUACCUUUGAUAAAUCUCAAUGCUAGAAUAAAUAAAACUGAUCACAUA